ACACUAUAUUCAAAACGUGUAUUGUUUUGAAACUUCCUUUUCCUGAAAUCUAUUGACUAUAAAGUGAUUGCAGUCAUGAAAAAGAUAACAAAGAAAGUCCGCGUCCGCAAAGUGGCGCCGUUGCCCACAGCUGUGGCCGCAAAGACUGCAAAGGACACUAAGAAAACAGUGGACCCAUUGAUCCAAAAGAAGCCGAAGAACUUUGGCAUCGGUGGUGACAUCCAACCGAAGCGUGAUUUGACACGAUUUUUCCGUUGGCCGCGAUAUAUACGCGUUCAGAGACAGAGAGCUAUUCUCUUGCAAAGACUGAAGAUUCCGCCGACGAUUAAUCAGUUUAGAAGUGGUUUUCUCGAUCGACAAACAGCCACUCAACUGUUCCGUCUUUUGGACAAAUAUCGUCCCGAAUCUAAAAAAGCUAAAAAAGAUCGUCUGAAGAAAGAGGCGGAAAACAAAGCGGCCGGUAAAGAGUCGGCACCUUCUAAGAGACCGCCAGUUCUCCGAUUCGGUGUGAAUACAAUCACAACACUUGUUGAGAAAAAGAAGGCACAAUUGGUUGCCAUCGCUGCUGAUGUCGAGCCAAUAGAGUUAGUAUUGCAUUUGCCAUCACUUUGUCGAAAAAUGGGAGUUCCGUAUUGUGUAGUUCGUGGCGGUCGAUCACGUCUCGGACACGUUACUCGAAGGAAGGGAACAACUGCAGUGGCCUUCACUAAUGUUAAUCCCGAAGAUAAAGUGAGUCUUACAAAACUGGUAGAAGUGGUCAAAACCAACUUUAAUGAUCGCUUUGAUGAGAUCCGUCGUCAAUGGGGUGGCGGUAUAUUGGGUGCAAAGUCACGCGCGAAGAUAUCAAAGCUGGAAAAGGCUAAGCAAAGAGAGUUGGGACAACUGCAGAGUGCCGGCGGACCAAUUGUUUAAUACAUAAUUGAUUUAAAAAAAUAUGUUUUGAUUAUUAUUUGAUCCAAUAAUAAAUUCUUGAUUAU